UUUUACAGUGUAAUCAGGCAUAAAAAUCGCUUCCCUCUAAAAGAAAAAAAAAUAAAUCAGUGUCUGUUUAAGAUUUCGCGGGUGACUGUACGUCAGAGAGGGAUUAAGGGAUGUGGGUUGGCCCUGUAAUAUCCGAGGCUAUCCUCCAACUCUAAUUCAAUAGGAGCUCAGCUGCGCUGUCGGUCUGUCGGCGUCGAGAACGAGCUGACCAUUUCAGGGAGAGCCGUGCACACAGCUGAGACGGUUUGUUGGAACAGCGGAUACGAUUCAAGCAGAGACAUUUUUAAAAUAACCUACACAUGAAGGCAAAUAUGGCAGAAAUCUCCUGACUAUUGGAUUCCCAGCGCUCCUCUUUUUUUCUCCCUGGAGCGCAUGUCUUGAUUCUGCCGACUAAUGAGUGAAAAGCAAGAAGAAAUCAAACCCCGACCUUGCCACGGAUGAGAGCGCAGUGAUGCUGUGAUAACUGUGACUGAACAGACAGGAAGAAAAAAAAUCCGGGAGCAGCGACAGGGAGAAGUUGUGCGGGAUAUUGUGGUCAGAUGAGGCAGAUGUUAGUUUGCUGAGGAGGUUGAUAGAUCCUGAGGACCGCGCAGACCACCCUCACAUUAUGGUCCCCGGGGCCCCCAGCACGACCACCACCAUGCUCCCCGCAUCCGAGGCUGCCAAGAUCUACCAGACCAACUACGUGCGCAACUCCCGCGCCAUCGGCGUCCUGUGGGCCAUCUUCACCAUCCUCUUCGCCAUCGUCAACGUGGUGUGCUUCAUCCAGCCGUACUGGAUCGGGGACGGCGUGGACACGCCGCAGGCGGGCUACUUCGGUCUGUUCCACUACUGCAUCGGAAACGGGCUGUCCCGGGACUUGACCUGUCAGGGCAGCUUCACCGAGUUCAGCAGCAUCCCCUCCGGUGCGUUCAAAGCUGCCUCCUUCUUCAUCGGCAUGUCCAUGGUGCUGGUGCUCACCUGCAUCACCUGCUUCGCGCUCUUCUUCUUCUGUAGCACCGGCACCGUGUACAAGAUCUGCGGCUGGAUGCAGCUGGCUGCAGGUACGUGUCUGAUUCUGGGCUGCAUGAUCUACCCAGACGGCUGGGACAGCGACGAGGUGAAAAGGAUGUGCGGCGAACAGACGGACAAGUACACACUAGGCGCCUGCUCGGUGCGCUGGGCCUACAUCCUGGCCAUCAUGGGCAUUCUGGAUGCUCUCAUCCUCUCUUUUCUGGCCUUCGUCUUAGGAAACCGCCAGGACAGUCUGAUGUCUGAGGAGCUGCUGGGAGACAAGAGCGGUAAUAACGCCAUAUAACGUCUGCUGAUGCCGAAGCAGCAACACACACACAGUGUCUGCAGGUCUUACCGCCUAGAUGUAAAGUCACUUCAGGAUCCAGCUUUCCUCUCCUAGUCAACCUUGGAGCUUGGAUGCAGAACUGAUGAGUGGAGAAUCAACAUCAAAGAAGAAGAAGGACAAGAGGAAGUCUGGAAGAAGCCACACAACCUCAUUAUGGAGACUAGGAGACCUUUUGUCCUCCCUGAAAGCUCCUUCUGUAAAAUAGUCCUCAGUUGCAUCUCAAACUGCUAAGUAUUGCAGGAUAAAUACUUUAAAAGACUUUGCCCGUCUUGGUAGGUUCAUCAUCACACCUGAGCUGUUCUGGAAGCCAGGAUGGCCGCCAGUGCAGAGGUUUGGCUGAAAAAAAAAUUAAACAAAGUGAGAAAGACAUGGCACAUCAGCUCCAGGACACAGUUUGGACGAAUACCACGGAGUGGCGUCUGCUCAAAUCGAAUUAAAUCCGAACGCAUUAACAAGACUUUGACCGACACAAAUAAGGACUUAACAGACUUGAGGUCAAGGCUGUCAGAUCCUCUUUCUUAUCACGUCGACAAACUUCCUGCAUAGGACUCCAGCUUUGACACAGUUUGACCUUUUAAUUUAAACACGAGCAUUGUCUGCAGAGAUGUGAAGGACUGGAGAGAAUGACAGGCUGGAUAAGCGAACAGGAAGAACACAGCUGUUUUCUUAUAAUUAAAUGUUUGAUGUGAUAGAAUCAAAUGGUAGUAAUUAGAAGUUUUUACUGGUGAGGACUGUGCAAAAACCGAGUAAAAUAUAAGUGUACUAAAAAGGCGAAAACAUUGGUUAUAUAAAGUCUAUAAUCUGUGUAUAGCUGUAUGUUGAUUGUGUCCCUGUGCUUUGUCUUAACUUUGAAUUGUACAUUUUGAAAUGUCAUUUUAUUGUACCAUUAAUAGUAUGUGCCAUAGAGUAUCUUGUAAUCUGGCAGUAUUGUGAGGAACUAAAAAGGGAGUAAGUGCUGGACUCGAACUGUGGAUAGGUUUUGUAUUGUUGUAUCUUUCUUAUUUUUGUUUCCUGUCAUCCUUCGCUGUCUCACAACAAGAAAAGAAAGAAAGAAAGAAAUGAGUCUAACUUACAAUAAAUGUGUUAAUGGAAAGAACAAAAGAACUUAACAGGUUAUGUGUUUUUGUUUUGGUGCUGAGGUUAGGUGCCUUUUAAC